AAUGAAGACAGUUACUCCCGCCUCAAUCUUGUUGAUUUGGUUACCGUAGUAUAUGAACUCCUCCCUCUUAAAAAUGGCAAAAACUUGAAAAUAGGUGUCUUGUGUGUUUAUAUAGAGGGAGAGAGUCAUAAAGAUGAGUUUGAGCCAGAGUGCGAGCUCAAAGUAAUUAGGUUUGGUGCUUGACUUGUCCCAUUUUCAAUUGCUCAAACAUGCUGUAUGAUUGGCAUUUACCUUAUACCCUUCAGGUGUUCGACGGAAUGCCCGAAAGAGGGAUGGUUGCUAUAUCCCGUCAUUCUUUUAAUGGGUCUCAAAAAUAGGUUGAAACGAGAUGUGGGCAGUGGAAUUUGUGCUAAAUAUUUUGGAGAACCAUAGCAUUAGCUUUUUUUCUUUCAUGGUUGUUCAGGUGAUAAGGACAAAAAGUGAUCCUUUAUGCUGAAACAUUACGUGAGCUUAUGCAUGGUAGAAGACUGGACUUGGACAUUUGGUUAAUGCCAAGAAAGGUCACUGGUUUUCAUUGGAAUGGGAGUCUGACGAUGAUGGUGGUGAUGAACAAGAGAAAUGUACAAGAGGGUCCACUAAUUAUGUUGACAUUGAUAUUGUGGAAUGUUGAAGACGGUGAUGAACAAGGGAAUGUACUAGAGGGUACACCUAAUAAUGUUGAUAUUGAUGUUGUAGAAUUCUGAGGAAAGAGUUGAGAGUCUGGAAGGCUGUAAUUUAGCUCAGGAGACUGAAGUUGAGUCAACAUUUUCAUCGUAGACGGCUUCCUCGUCUGAUGGAUCAUUGUGAGAAUGUUUACCGAAGGAACAGCAGUAGAAGUGUCUUUUAAAGAGGAAAAGCAUGAUGUUUGGCAUGUCGGAACUGUAAUGAAAGUAACUGGAAUCAAUAAAUUCUUGGUCAAAUUUCAAUGCCCUGGAGAUGAUGAUGAUGAACAAGAAGUUUCUUCUUCAGAUGUCCGACCCUCACCCCCAAGUGCCAAGGCUAAUAAUUUUGCUUUGCGGGAGGAAGUGGAGGCAUACUUUGAAUGCUGUUGGCGGAGUGGAGUAGUUAAGGAACUUCUUGUAGAUAGGAGAUACCUUGUUUUCAUAAAACAAGCAAAAACGGAGAUGAUAUUCGAUAUCGUAAAUUUGAGACCUCGCAUGGUUUGGAUUGAUGGCAAGUGGUCCAAUGAGGCUAAGAGCAUUAAGGAAUCAACUGAAAGAGGCAAUAGUGCUAAGAGAAAAAGGGGAAGACCAAAAAAGUUGCCAAAGAAACAGAUAGGUAAGAGAAUCACUACCGAUAUGAAAGUUUCAUGUGUAGGAAAUGAAGCCAAACCAAAUGCAGAGAACAACUUUCUGAAUUCUACAACCUUCAAUGACAUACCAAAUGACGGUAAUUCUGGGAUACUUGAAAUCGGAGCUUCUCACAGGCACAAUAGCGCGAGAAAAACAACAAACACCCCUCUGCUUGAAGGCCAGGCAGGUGAAGCUGUUUUAACUGAAAGAGUUAGCCAACCAAAGAAUUUUGUGUCAAAUGGACAUGGAGAAUUGAACAAUUCGGUUGACAUUGAAUCACACUAUGAAGGAGCAUUGCAUGUCGGCAGACAAGAGGGUUUUGGAACUGCUCCACUUAAAGGGGAUACGAUGGAGUCCUAUCCACUUCAGAAAGAUGGUCCUAAUGAUUUGCCAGAUAGAAAUCUUAUUCAAUGCGCCGAGUCUAAUAAUAAAGGUGGUGAACUGGGACCCCCUGCCACUUCAAGGACUGAUGCUAUGGGAAAUGAAGUGACUUUGCCAUUUGUUAAGCGUUCUCCGGUUUGGAAAUAUAUCGAUUCUCUGGAAACAUAUAAGAAAAUGGCACAGAAGCCACACUUCUCUCCUCUGUACAGAAAUGUAGAAGAAAAUCACGAGGGAUUGGCAAUAAGUCUUAUGGUCAAUUUUCAUAAUCUGGUUGAGAACACUUCGAAGCUGCGGUUCUCUUCUGACAUUGCUGUCAUUGAAAGAGGUCUGGAAGCUCUUGCUAAGUUCAAAUCACAUGGGUUUGAUGUUGAGAAUGUUCAAGCAUGUCUGACCCAGCUAUUGUUGAAGAAACAAAAGGCCGAGGAGCUCCAGAAGGAGUGCGAUGAUACGAGAAGCAAGAUAUCAAACAGUUCUCACAAGGGUGAACUUGAUGAAGAAAUCAGCCGACUGUGCCAAAAAUUAAAAGAGAUUGAAAAGGAGCUCAGCCAGGCUAAAUUGAAGAAGGAGAACAGGGAUACGGACUCGUCAGCAUUACAAUCAAGAAUGCAUGCAGUUGCAGAAAAUAUCAAGAGUAUUCAAGUUGAAUUUGAAAGUAUAGUUGGCUCUUUAGGUAAAUGAUAAUAUGUGGAGUUGGUGUUUUUCUUGAAAAAAAAGAAAAAGGGUAGGGCAACUCAACUUCUCAGCUAGAGUUGGGGGCCGGAUAAACAUACACUUCAGAGCUAAUUUUGGGUAUAUUUCGUGACCAGUUUGGCACCUGAAUAUUGUUAUUCUUAAUUGUCGGUUCUUUUGGGGCGUAUGGUUUGAAGAAACAAAAUGAAACUCAAUAAGGGAAACGAACCGAAAGGACUGUAUUACUUGUUUGGUUAAUGAAAAAUUAUAUGAUUAUUAUCUUUA